AUGAUUCCAUAUCAAGAGUGGCACACCCAACUGCAAUUGUUGUACAACUCCCAGAUUUUUCAAAAUUGGGCACUUUGCCAGGAAAUCCAUCUGAAUGAUGAGAAGGAUGCACUUUCUUUACGUUUAAAACCUACUCGACAACUACAGAAAAAUACUGAGCGUAUAGAAAAUAAAUCGCUAGAUCAUAUACAAUUAUAUCUUACAUAUUCAAAAGUAUAUAGCGAACCCUUCCUGCUUUUGCGAAUAUGGGAGGACAAAAGCACAAAUGGCAUAUCAAUGACCAAAUUAAUGCUUCCAAGUAAUAUUGAAUCCCUGUUGGGUGUUGAAGACAAAUUCCAACUGGGAUUAGAUACUAUUAUCGACCUGGAAAGUAGCGUUUGGUAUUCUUUCCAUCCAUGCGACACCUCAAGUAUAAUAGGUGACCAGGCUGAAUUUAUGUCAACUUACUUAAGACGAUGGGUCAGUGUUUUCGUAUUUAGUUGGUUAGCCUAUGAGGAUUCAUAG